UCCAUCGUCUCUGUGCUGAAAACUAUGGCUGAAACGGACUCGAUAGGGAAAACGAUGCUGACGAGGGGAUCAAGAACAUGAAACACACCUGAAGAAAUAUUUCGAAUAGGCUACAUGGCAUCCAACCUAUGUAACUCGAUUGCAACUCUCCUUGAUCAGAGUAGCUGCAAUAGAGAUGACAUUGGCAGAACAACUGCACACAGGGCCCUGGUGCAGAGAUGGAUGACGGCGCCCCUACCCCCAACACAACAACAACAACAACAACUAACAAUAUGGCCCAAUCGACUUGAUGCAGAUCUGCACAGAUCUGACUUGAUGUGAUGCAUAUGGGAUGAACGCAAUGCAUACUGUCCGACUUCUGGCAGCCGGGGAGGAACCUACCUUCGUGUCACAAUGUCACAUGACAGACGGGUGUCUGCGCCUGCAUCCAGUUUUUGCAGUUGUCUUUCCACGGACUGCAUGAGCUGAAGCCCACCCUCAUGAUGUCAGUUCAAAGACGUGAUGGAGAGAUUCCUUCCAAACUGCCCUAUGAUGAUUAUGACAGCCCUACAGUACGUGCCAGAUACUUGAUUAGGACUGAUCCAGGGCCUGCUGCACUGGCUGGAGAUGAGCUGCUGGCUAAACACAGAUUGACUGCUGUGAGGUACAAUACCAAGAAUGUCAAUAAAAAACCGAGAACCCAAGAGAACCUCAGAAAGCUGUUCAAGAGCUCCAAAGGUAAGAUUUUGUGUGUUGAGCCCAGCCGCAGAGCAGUUACCGGAGAAAGCUGUUCAAGAGCUCCAAAGGUAAGAGUUUGCGUGCUGAGCCCAACUGCUGAGCCCAACUGCAGAGCAGUUACCCCCUUACUCCUCUCUGUAAAGUAUCUAUCUAUCUAUCUAUCUAUCUAUCUGUUGCCACAGCAUGCUUGAACAGCUCUGUGAGAUCCCGUGGCCUUACUGGCCAUGAAAUGCUGCAUCAGCGCAACCAGCUCUCCCAUAGUCUGCUACCUGUUGAUGACCAGACUCUCAUUAUGUCUAAGCACUCGCAGUAUAUUGCCAACCAAAUAUGCUUAGAAGUACAGUAAGACACCCUCUGGCUGCACAAGUGCAGUUCUUUCUCAACUAGGACUAUUGCAAUGCAUUAUGAGCUACAAGAAAGAUUGCUACUCCGCUGAUAUGAUCUCAUAAUUAAAUUGAGAUUUGAAAAGUCUCUGGUGUUAACCAGGCUAUAGCACAAAGGGCAGUGCUUGAAGUGGAGAAAAAAAAGUAGGCCUAACUCAUCAUGUAUCGUAUGGUGUAUCGAUGUACAUGUAGGCCUAUUAGCGGGUAUCAAGACAUCAAAUAGCCUAUUAUAUUAUUACAUUUUUACAAUGAAUAAAAUAUACAGUAGCCUACUAAGAUAAAUUAGUGAUAGCCUACUCUAAAUCACAGUGCUUACUGAUAGGCCUAGGUCUGCAAACUGAGAAGGGCUGAAAAAGCAUAUUCACAAGUAAACAAGUGGACAUCACCCAGAAGAACAUUUUGGGAUUUAACAUUUAAAUAAAGCAUUCUGGUGUAACCUACUCCAAGAAGAAACAAAAUGCCCAAACCAAUGGUUCAAAACACUAAAUAGUUUUUUUUUCAAAUGAAGACAAUUUUACAUGAAAUGUAACUAUUUCACUGCAUCAACAUCAUUGUCAUAAUUCUAAUUGCAGAUGGCGUGAUGUUAAAACAGCUAGCCAUGAGUACACCCUGCUGGAGCAAUAGCCUAAUAGCAAGUUCAAGUUUAUCUAUGUGUUCCCAAAUGCUUCUUUAAAUUUGAUGUGUUCCCCCUUAACAGACAAUCGUUUUACAUAACUACUUAGGUGUUUGAGUGUUUUUAUUCACAGUUCCAGACCGGUAGGCAUUUUCAGCCUGUUAGAUCAGCUUAAUUGGUGAUAACGUGCGGUGAUGGGCCUCUUUGCUAGGCAAGACGAUAGGGCAAGACAGCUUCAGAAGUAGGCCGCUUUGCCUUGGGGGAAACCGGGGAGUGACGCUUCUGACUGGGACAUGUAGUCCCCGCAUAACCAUUAGCUCGCGCAACCUGAUUUGGAGAUGACAGAAAAUAGUAGGCUACAAGCUUGACAGCUUAAUCCCAAGAUCAACUUUAAAGCUGAAGAUGAAUCUGAAAUGGAAUGCUUGUUCUAUCAUGGCUAUGUGUGUGCUUAUGGUCGAGGGCUUAUCGGUACGCUUCAAAAAUCCACAUCCAUUCUAUGUUGCUCUGGGCAGAGAGCUUGUACUGGAGGCUUCCAUUGAGAAGACUCCUGCUGAAAACAUCUUCAUGGUGGCGUGGGAGUGCAAUACUGCCGCAGGGUCUAGGAGGCUGGCAACCUGGCAGGGCGACCCUGGUAAUAUGCAAGACCCCAGAAUCAGUAUAGAGAAGGGAGGAGCUACUCUGAAGAUCUCUGGUGUUCGAGAGUCUGACUUUGGCCGCUACACCAUCACUGCCACUGACCAAGACGGGCGACAAACAUCAAUGGAAAAAUACGUUAGCAAAAGUGAGAAGCCUCCAAAGGCCUCUGUUCAACUCAGGUGUGACGUGUCUCAUGAGAGAGCCCAGUGGGACAGUCCUGUAGUCACAUGGCUGGUUGACGGUGUGGAGGUGACCAACCAGACAGCCAAUAUAUCUGAUGGAGGAAGCAAAAUCCACCUACAGGAGGCAAACGGCCAUAACUACACCUGCAUCAGUAACAGCAGCUUGGGAACCAGUGUGGCUCAUUUCAUCAUACCAGGAAGUACGUCAGUGGCCACCAAACUUGAUCCAGUGCCAACCAACUAUUUGACCAUGGCUUUAGUUGGAUUUUGUUAUAGUGCUGUAAUUAUUGGUAUAUAAUAUAUAAUAAUAUUUUUUUUCCAAAGUUCUACUACCUCAGUUCAGCCACCUGUCAUGUUUGAAUGUAGAAGACAGGGGAAUUUCAAUGCUUAAUAAUGACAAGUGAUACCAUUGUUAUAAUUGGUAUAUAGUGCCUGCUCAGACAUGCUGAACAAUAUCUGUUGAAAUUAUUGUUACUCUACAUAGUUCCAACUCUAGAUUCCUUGGAAUGUGCAUUAUUGUUGCCAGUUUGAGAAGUUUCAUUUUAGGAUUUUCACACAACAUGUAAAGAAAGAAAGGCAUUUUGUUCCUACAGCUUGCCAUUCUCUUGAGAAAACAUUUGUAUAUUGUUUCACGUUCUGAAUAUGCUUUCACGUUUCUUUUAUUGUUGCACUGUUCUGGUUAUUGUCAACACCGACUCAUAUGGUAAAAAACAUUAUGUGGAGACAAUAAAAAAAAAUUGCUUUGUGCCAGUA